AUGUUUAUAUCAAUUUUUAUCGCGCACAUUAUAAUCGCUGUAAAUUCGUACCAUACAAAUCCCAAACCCUGUGUACAUUAUUAUAAACUGAAUAGUAUACUAGAUGACAACGUUAGUCUACACAAUGAUCUUUUUAAACACCCUGAGUUCCAAUUACACCUUCCUCCCACUUCCAAUUCAUUACCUUUAUUCAACAAACAUUUAUUCACCACCAAACCCCUUGAUUCCUCAGAUUCUGAUCUAAACAACCUAAUAGCUUCGGAUUCCACAUCAGUUUCUCCUGAUUUUUCUGAUUCUAACCCAUUAACUCAUGAAACUCAACUUCAAAAUGAAAGUAAAGCUGCAAAGAACGAGACUAGUGUUUUUCCAGGGGAAGAACCCAGUGAAGUCUUGGAGGAGCAUGACAUUAUGAAAAUGCUUAAGAAUAAGCAGAUCAAUGAAUUUCGCCAUAAAAACACUAUAGACCAAAAUCACAUGCUAACCUUUAGAUUUGAGAGACCCUGCGAUGUUUAUGUUCUAAACUAUUCAAUCAUAGACUUGGAUUUCAUGGAAUACAUCUAUUUAAGCUGUAAAGUGCUUGAAAAACUAAAGGUUUUCAAAGAUGAUAUCGUUAAAAAAGUACUUGAUGAGGUGAUAACAGACUUUAAUGUCCCAGUUUGGCUUUCAACUCCCUUUUACUACUCUUUGGCUCGCAACAAUGACAUCACUGACUUCAUUCUCAUAACUUAUUACUACAUAGACAAGUUCUGUAUGAAUAAUAACAGCGAACUUGGUUCAAAGGAAAUUAAACAGCAUUUUAAUAAACCCUCAGACCCUAAAGGGUCUCCUGAUAACACUAUACAGCUCAUGAAUAAGCUAAUAAAGGAUGGGAAUCCCUUUAAAAUUAAGGAGUACUUACUAAACGACCUCUAUAGACUAAAUAUUACUUGCCAUGAACUGAUGAAUUGGAAACAGGACGGAACUUACGAGAACCUUCUAGAAAAGUUCGUAGAUCAAGACCUCAAACAGUUAUAUUUGACUGAGAAGGAGAAACUGAGGCGGAACAUCAAACUAUAUAAAAAAGUAAUUUUUAAUAAUCGAAUUUCUCACAACACUGGCCUAGUCCAAUUAAUAAACUACUACACCAAUUACUUUAAGAUGCCAAUUUACAUCAUGAACACCACCCCUUUCCCCUCAGACAGCUUGAAGUUGAAGCUAAAGCUGUUUGGAGUCAAGGAUAACACUCUUUUGAACAUCAUCAGUGAUUUCAGCUGUUUCAAUAAGCUGGACAAGCGUAUUCCAAUCCACUAUUUCGACAAUUAUUUACCCAAUCUCAUGGCAAUUAAUGAUAAGAACGAUUUAGAGUAUUUCCUUAUCCAGUUACUCCAAUCAUUUCACCUAAUUAAUAAUCAUUUUUCAGUGUAA